UAUACUAAACGUGUAAACUUAGUUAAAAACGUUAUAAACAAAUAUUAAAACUUUAUACUUAAAAUCGAAUUCAAAAUUUUAUUAAAAAUUAUGAGAGUUUCGUUACUAAAAUUGUUUACCCAUUUGCCAAUUAGGCGGAAAAUAAUAAUUUUAUUGUUUUUAUUAGAGAAUAUCUUAAAUUGUUUAUGUGCGGAGAAUUCAUGGUGUGAUCCUCAGUUAUGUGGAAAUAGAACAGACGUUCAUCAUAUUGCCUGCGAAAAUGAUGGUAAAUUUAAAGAGGCUUGCUCCGACGAUGCUACCGAUAUAGAUAUUUCCAAAUACAAACAGUUAUUCCUAGAUGAACACAACAAACGAAGAAAUUUACUUGCUUCAGGGGAGGUAACUGGUUAUGAUUCAGCAGCCAGAAUGGCAACAGUAUUAUGGGAUGAAGAUUUAGAAUAUUUAGGACGACUAAAUUUACACACCUGUAAAUUAGAUCAUGAUGAUUGCAAUCAUACCUUUAAGUAUCGCAAUGUUGGACAGAACCUCUGCGCCAUCUCAAAGUUUAAGACUGAGGAAGUCGACAUUAAAAAUAUCAUUGAUGAAGCUGUAACAAUGUGGUUUGAUGAAUACAAAUUAAUUAAUAAAUCGUUUGUAGAAAAAUUUUCUGGAGAAGGCAAUUUUGAAUCUUAUGGUCAUUUUCUUGAAAUAGCUGUUGAACGUAAUACUUAUAUUGGUUGUGCUAUAAUGCGUUUUACACGUGCCGAUCAUCCCGAAUUUCAUAUCUUUCAUGUUGUUUGUAAUUAUUCUUCAACAUAUGCAGUGGGUGCUCCCGUCUAUAAAGCAGGUGAACCGGCUAGUGAUUGUAAGAGUGGUAAAAAUUCGAAAUAUCCUGCAUUGUGUUCGGAAAAGGAAGAGGUUGAUCCUAAUUAUUAAUGUAUUAUUAUGUAAUGCAUGAGUAUUUGUAAUUGUUUAAUAAAUUUGUU